CAUUCGACGUUUUUCUUCCAUUUCAAUGGAUAAUAUUCUACUUUUGUACAUUUGAAAUUAAAAUAAACAUAUGAUUCCACAUAAAUUGAAUAAAAACAAAGUAGUAUAUACUUGAACUAAAUACAAAUAAAACAAAUAGUUCCCAUUAUUUAAAUUAAAACAAAUUAGUCCACAUGCAUUUAAUUAAAAUAAAACUAAUUAUUCCACACCAAUUCAAUUAAAAUAAAAAAUAGUCCUCAAAAUAAAUUUAAAUAAAACUAAUUAUUCCACAUUAUUGUAAUCAAAACGAAACAAAUUAGUCUACACAAAUUAAUUUAAAAUGAAACAAAUUAUUCAACUUAAAUUAAAACGAAACCAAUUAGUCAACUUAAAUGAAAAUGAAACAAAUAUCAAUUUAAACAAUUUAGUGAUUACACAUUUUUAAGUCAAACAAAACAAAUUAGUCCACAAUUCCAGAUAAUUUGAAUGCAAAAUAAAAUAAAAAAUCCACAUAAAUGUAAUUAAGAUUUUACAUUUAAAUUCAUAAGUUUAAUACAAAAUAAAUAAAACAGAUUAGUCCACAGAUAUUUAAUUAAAAUAAAACUAAUUAUUCCACACCAAUUCAAUUAAAAUAAAAAAUAGUCCUCAAAAUAAAUGUAAAUAAAACAAAUUAUUCCACGUUAUUGUAAGUAAAACAAAACAAAAUAGUCGACAUAAAUUAAAUUAAAAUGAAACAAAUUAGUCAAAUUAAAAUGAAACUAAUCAUCCAUCCAUCAUCUUCCGCUUAUCCGAGGUGGGGUCGCGGGGGCAGCAGCCUAAGCAGGGAAGCCCAGACUUCCCUCUCUCCAGCCACUUCGUCUAGCUCUUCCCGGGGGAUCCCGAGGCGUUCCCAGGCCAGCCGGGAGACAUAGUCUUCCCAACGUGUCGACUUAAAUUAAAAUGAAACAAAUUAGUCAACUUAAAUUAAAAUGAAACAAAUUAGUAGUUUGAAUUAAAAUGAAACACAUUAGUCAACUUAAAUUAAAAUUAAACGAAUUAAUCAGUUUAAAUUAAAAUGAAACAUAUUAGUUAACUUAAAUUAAAAUGAAACAAAUAUCAAUGUAAACAAUUUAGUGAGUACACAUUUUUUAAGUCGAAUUAGUUUACAUAGAUGAAAUUAAAAUGAAACUAAAACAAAUUAUUCCACAAUUCCAGAUAAUUUGAAUUUUAAAAAAAAUAAUUCCACAUAAAUGUAAUUAAGAUUAUACAUUUAAAUUCAUAAGUUUAAUAGAAAAUAAAUAAAACAGAUUAGUCCAUAUAAAAUAAAUAAAAUGUAAAAUAAAAUCAAAAAUAUUCCAUUUUAAUAAAAAAAUGGUCCACAUACAUUACAUCAAAAUAAAUUGAACAAAUUAGUCUACAUUAAUUUAACAACUAUUUUAAAGUAAAUAGUCCAAAUAUAUUAAUUCCACAUAAAUAAAUCAAAAAUAAAAUUAGUUCACAUUAAUUAAAACAAAACAAACAAAACAGCCAACAAUUCAUGUCCAUAUCUUUCAUCUCCUUCAAAAUAAAACACAUUUCCUCCUUUCAUCCUCACUUGAAGCCAACAAUUCAAGUCCAUAUUUUUCAUCACCUUCAAAAUAAAACACAUUUCCUCCUUUCAUCCUCAUUUGAAGCCAACAAUUCAAGUCCAUAUUUUUCAUCACCUUCAAAAUAAAACACAUUUCCUUCUUACACCCUUACUAGAAGCCAACAAUUCAUGUCCAUAGUUUCAUCUCCUUCAAAGUAAAAAACAUUUCCUCCUUUCAUCCUCACUUGAAGUCAACAAUCCAUGUCCACAUUUUCAUCUCCUUCAAAAUAAAACACAUUCCCUCCUAUUAUCCUCACUUGAAGUCAACAAUCCAUGUCCACAUUUUCAUCUCCUUCAAAAUAAAACACAUUCCCUCCUAUUAUCCUCACUUGAAGUCAACAAUCCAUGUCCACAUUUUCAUCUCCUUCAAAAUAAAACACAUGUUCUCCUUUCAUCCUCACUUGAAGUCAACAAUCCAUGUCCAUAUUUUCAUCUCCUUCAAAAUAAAACACAUUUCCUCCUUUCAUCCUCACUUGAAGCCAACAAUUCAAGUCCAUAUUUUUCAUCACCUUCAAAAUAAAACACAUUUCCUUCUUACACCCUUACUAGAAGCCAAAAAUUCAUGUCCAUAGUUUCAUAUCCUUCAAAGUAAAACACAUUUCCUCCUUUCAUCCUCACUUGAAGCCAACAAGUCAUGUCCAUAGUUUCAUCUCCUUCAAAAUAAAACACAUUUCCUCCUAUCAUCCUCACUUGAAGUCAACAAUCCAUGUCCACAUUUUCAUCUCCUUCAAAAUAAAACACAUUUCCUCCGUUCAUCCUCACUUGAAGCCAACAAGUGAUGUCCAUAGUUUCAUCUCCUUCAAAAUAAAACACAUUUCCUCCUAUCAUCCUCACUUGAAGUCAAUAAUCCAUGUCCACAUUUUCAUCUCCUUCAAAAUAAAACACAUUUCCUCCUUUCAUCCUCACUUGAAGCCAACAAGUCAUGUCCAUAUUUUCAUCUCCUUCAAAAUAAAACACAUUUCCUCCUUUCAUCCUCACUUGAAGCCAACAAUUCAAGUCCACAUUUUUCAUCACCUUCAAAAUAAAACACAUUUCCUUCUUACACCCUUACUAGAAGCCAACAAUUCAUGUCCAUAGUUUCAUCUCCUUCAAAGUAAAACACAUUUCCUCCUUUCAUCCUCACUUGAAGCCAACAAGUCAUGUCCAUAUUUUCAUCUCCUUCAAAAUAAAACACAUUUCCUCCUAUCAUCCUCACUUGAAGUCCACAAUUCAUGUCCAUAUUUUCAUUUCCUUCCAAAUAAAACACAUUCCCUCCUAUUAUCCUCACUUGAAGUCAACAAUCCAUGUCCACAUUUUCAUCUCCUUCAAAAUAAAACACAUUUCCUCCAUUCAUCCUCACUUGAAGUCAACAAUCCAUGUCCACAUUUUCAUCUCCUUCAAAAUAAAACACAUUUCCUCCUUUCAUCCUCACUUGAAGUCAACAAUCCAUGUCCACAUUUUCAUCUCCUUCAAAAUAAAACACAUUUCCUCCGUUCAUCCUCACUUGAAGUCAACAAGAUCUUGCUGAGGCCACAUAGGAAGGGGGCGGGGCCAAGUUGUAUUUCAGGAUCUCACACCUCAUUGGUGGACUCAAGAGUCCACUUCCAUAAGGAGGACGUGUGGACUCCAUAAAUUCUCGACGUGACGUCUCGUGCGCCGCUUUGGCAGCGUGUCCUGCCGGCUGACGUCUCGUCCUCAUCCUCAUCCUCAUCCUCAUCCUCAUCGUCCUCUUGCUCAUCAUCCUCAUCCUUCACUGCACAGCUGCCGAGACGUUCGCCAGCAACAUGUCCGAGAAAAAAAUGACCUCCAGCCGCAGGCAUCAUCUCAAGAGCGUGAUCCUGCAGAUCGCCCUCAGCUGGUUGGAGCAGGAGAAGAAGGACAACGUGGAGCAGAAGGAGGCUUACAUGGCCGAACAUUGUCCUGCCCCCGACCUGAGCGGGGACCAGGCCGCCCUCAUGGAGAUGGCCAGAAAGCUUCACGCCCUCCUGGACAAGCUGGAUGAGGAGCGUUACGAUGCUGAGGCCAAAGUGCAGAAAGCCAAGAAGGAGAUCGAGGAUCUCAACAUCAAGGUGGUGGACCUGCGAGGCGUCAAGAAGCCCGCCCUGAAGAAGGUGCGCAUGUCGGCCGACUCCAUGCUGCAGGCGCUGCUGGGCUCCAAGCACAAGGUCACCAUGGACCUCAGGUCCAACCUCAAGCAGGUCAAGAAGGAGGUCAAAGAGGAGCCCACAGAGGCGGUGGGCGACUGGCGCAAGAACAUCGAGGACAAGGCAGACAGGAAGAAGAUGUUUGAGACUUCUUAAAGUCGCUUCUUUCGUCUUUGCUCCAUUUUGGCUUUGUUUUUGUGUUUUGUUACAGUCAACACAACCACUACAUGGCACAACCACAUCACACAACAGCGUGGCGCAGUGGGAGAGUGGCCGUGCGCAACCCGAGGGUCCCUGGUUCAAUCCCCACCUAGUACCAACCUCGUCACAUCCGUUGUGUCCUGAGCAAGACACUUCACCCUUGCUCCUGAUGGGUGCUGGUUAGCUGCCUUGCAUGGCAGCUCCCUCCAUCAGUGUGUGAAUGUGUGUGUGAAUGGGUAAAUGUGGAAGUAGUGUCAAAGCACUUUGAGUACCUUGAAGGUAGAAAAGCGCUAUACAAGUACAACUCAUUUAUCAUUUAUUAUAACAUGGCCCCACAACAUGGCACGAACACAUGGCACGACACAAUGGAACAAACACAUCACACAACAUGGCACCACAACAUGGCACAACCACUUUGCCCAACAACAUGGCACAACAACAUAACACGACAACAUGGCACGACUACAUGGCGCAACAACAUGGCACGACAACAUGGAACGACAACAAGGCACGACAAAAUGGCGCAACAACAUCGCACGACAACAUGGAACGACAACAUGGCACAACAAAAUGGCACAAAAACAUCACACGACAAAAUGGCACGACAACAUCACACGACAACAUGGCACAACAACAUCACACGACAACAUGGCACAACAACAUCACACGACAACAUGGAACGCCAACAUGGAACGACAACAUGGAACGACAACAUGGCACGACAAAAUGGCACAACAACAUCACACGACAACAUGGCACAACAACAUCACACGACAACAUGGCACAACAACAUCACACGACAACAUGGCACAACAACAUCACACGACAACAUGGCACGACAAAAUGGCACAACAACAUCACACGACAACAUGGCACAACAACAUCACACGACAACAUGGAACGACAACACGGCACGACAAAAUGGCACAACAACAUCACACGACAACAUGGCACAACAUCACACGACAACAUGGCACAACAACAUCGCACGACAACAUGGAACGACAACAUGGCACGACAAAAUGGCACAACAACAUCACACGACAACAUGGCACAACAACAUCACACGACAACAUGGCACAACAUCACACGACAACAUGGCACAACAACAUCACACAACAACAUCACACGACAACAUGGCACAACAACAUCACACGACAACAUGGCACGACAAAAUGGCACAACAACAUCACACGACAACAUGGAACGACAACAUGGCACAACAACAUCACACAACAACAUCACACGACAACAUGGCACAACAACAUCACACGACAACAUGGCACGACAAAAUGGCACAACAACAUCACACGACAACAUGGCACAACAACAUCACACGACAACAUGGAACGACAACAUGGCACGACAAAAUGGCACAACAACAUCACACGACAACAUGGCACAACAUCACACGACAACAUGGCACAACAACAUCACACAACAACAUCACACGACAACAUGGCACAACAACAUCACACGACAACAUGGCACGACAAAAUGGCACAACAACAUCACACGACAACAUGGAACGACAACAUGGCACAACAACAUCACACAACAACAUCACACGACAACAUGGCACAACAACAUCACACGACAACAUGGCACGACAAAAUGGCACAACAACAUCACACGACAACAUGGCACAACAACAUCACACGACAACAUGGAACGACAACAUGGCACGACAAAAUGGCACAACAACAUCACACGACAACAUGGCACAACAUCACACGACAACAUGGCACAACAACAUCGCACGACAACAUGGAACGACAACAUGGCACGACAAAAUGGCACAACAACAUCACACGACAACAUGGCACAACAACAUCACACGACAACAUGGCACAACAACAUCACACGACAACAUGGCACAACAACAUCACACGACAACAUGGCACAACAACAUCACACGACAACAUGGCACAACAACAUCACACGACAACAUGGAACGACAACAUGGCACUACAACAUGGCACAACAACAUCACAUGACAACGUGGAACGACAACAUGGCACGACCACAUGGCACAACAACAUGGCGCAACAACAUCGCAUGACAACAUGGCACAACAACAUCACACAACAACAUGGCACAACAACAUCACACAACAACAUGGAACGACAACUUGGCACGACCACAUGGCACAACAACAUGGCACGACAACAUGGCACAACAACAUCACACGACAACAUGGAACGACAACAUUGCACGACCACAUGGCACGAAAACAUGGCACAACAACAUCACACGACAACUUGGAACGACCACAUGGCACGACAACAUGGCACAACAACAUCACACGACAACAUGGAACGACAACAUUGCACGACCACAUGGCACGAAAACAUGGCACAACAACAUCACACGACAACUUGGAACGACCACAUGGCACGACAACAUGGCACAACAACAUCACACGACAACUUGGAACGACCACAUGGCACGACCACAUGGCACGAACACAUGGCACAACAACAUCACACGACAACUUGGAACGACAACAUGGCUCGACAACAUGGAAUGACAAAAUGGCACGACAACAUGGCACAACAACAUCGCACGACAACUUGGAACGACAACAUGGCUCGACAACAUCACACGACAACAUGGAAUGACAACAUUGCACGACAACAUGGAACGACAACAUGGCACAACAACUUCACACAACAACAUGGAACGACAACAUGGCACGACCACAUGGCACGACAACAUCACAGGACAAAUUAGAACGAUCACAUGGCACGACAACAUCACACGACAACUUGGAACGACAACAUGGCACGACCACAUGGCACAACCACAUGGCACGACAACAUGGUACCACCACAUGGCACCACCACAUGGCAAGACAAUAUCACACAAAAAAAUGGCACCACAACAUGAUACAACCACAUGGCACCACAGCAUGAUACAACCACAUGGCACCACACCAUGGCACGACCGCAUCACACAACCAGAUGGUACGACCACAUCACACGACCACAUGGCACCACAACAUGAUACAACCACAUGCCACCACAACAUGGCACCACAACAUCACACAACAACAUGGCACAACUCACAAAAGUCUUUACCACUUUCCCGUCCUGACAACUACACAAUAAAUUGACCUUUUGAUUGA